AUGAAUUUCAAUGAGUUAGAGGUCAGUGGGAAUAUUUCAGAGUAUGAAGAGAGUGAUGGGUAUGUUAAUACUGAUGAGAGUGACUUAGAUGCUGAGACCAGUAAGCUUAAGUCUAAGAAAACGGUUUAUGAUCCUACUUGUGAUCAUAAAACCUUAGAAUUCCAGCUAGGCAUGAGGUUUGACAAUGGUUGGGUUUGUAGAGAUGCAUUGAAGACAUGGGCUAUAGAGAAUGGAAAGCAUAUUAGAUUCAAGAGAGUGAAUGCUGAUCAAUGCGAAGCCUACUGCAAACCUCCCUGUAAAUGGAGAGUUUAUGGUUCUAUUGUUGGUGCUACAAAGACUUUCAAGAUAAAAACUUUGGGUGAGAAUCAUUCUUGCAGUAGGGAUAUGAACAACAAAUUGGUGGGUUCGAAGUGGAUUGCCACAAAGUAUCUCAAUAUCUUUAGGUUGAGGCCCAACAUUUCAGUUGAAGAAUUGAAGGCUGACUUGUGGGAGAGGUUUAGUACCCGAGUUGGUGUUGAUAGGCUGUAUAAAGCUAGGUCUUUAGCUAGAGAGAUGGUGAGGGGCUCAGUGGAUGAGCACUAUGGUAUGCUAAGGAGAUACUUAGCUGAACUUAGGAGGGUUGACAAGGAUGGCAGGUAUGAAUUGCUUCUUGGGGAAGAAAACAUUUUCAAGGGUUUGUAUAUUGGCAUUUCACAGUUGAUAGGUGGGUUUAAAAGGGGAUGUAGGCCAAUAAUUGGUCUUGAUGGUUGUUUUUUAAAGACAUACUUGGGAGGUAUCCUCUUGGUGGCAGUUGGUAAGGAUGGGAACAACCAAAUGUUCCCCAUUGCUUGGGCAAUUGUUGAGAUAGAAAACCAAGAGUGUUGGACUUGGUUUCUGAAAUAUUUGUUCUUUGAUUUGGAUAUUCAAGAUGGUGAAGGCUGGACUUUCAUCUCUGAUCAGCAAAAGGUCAGUGCUACUGUCAUCUCUUUACUUAACCAUUUAAUCAUCUCUUUACCAUCUGUUAUCUCUUUACUUAACCAUUUAUCAUCUCUUUACACAUGA